AGCCGCGCAAGGGGCGGGAGCGGCCGGGCAGUGCGGCUGGCGAUGGGUGGGGGGGCCAACUUCCUGGGGCCGCCCGUGAGGAUGUCGCGACCGCCCCCCGAUGCCCCUCAGCCCCGGAGACGCCGCCGCGGCGGAGCCGGGAGCGCCCUUGCCUGAGGCGCCCGCGGCCCGGAUCCGGCCCCUCCCCUCCCAGGUGCGGACCGCCGGGCGGGCGCGGCAGGUGAGGAGGCGGCGGCGGCGCUGGGAUACGCGAGAUUUUAUCAUGUGGGCAACCUGCUGCAACUGGUUCUGCUUGGAUGGACAGCCUGAGGAGGCCCCACCGGCCCAGGGAGCCAGGACGCAGGCCUAUUCCAACCCUGGGUAUAGCUCCUUCCCUUCCCCAACAGGCUCGGAACCAAGCUGCAAGGCUUGUGGGGCCCACUUCGCAAACAUGGCCAGGAAGCAGACCUGCCUGGACUGCAAGAAGAAUUUCUGCAUGACCUGUUCAAGCCAAGUGGGGAACGGCCCCCACCUCUGCCUCCUCUGCCAGCGGGUCCGAGCCACAGCCUUUCGGCGGGAGGAGCUCAUGAAGAUGAAGGUGAAGGACCUGAGGGACUAUCUCAGCCUCCAUGACAUCUCUACCGAAGUGUGCCGAGAGAAAGAGGAGCUGGUGCUCUUGGUGCUUGACCAGCAGGAGGGCAGGACUCGCGCCCCCCCCUUGUCCCCGGACUUCCCCGAGCAGCAGGCCUUCCUGGCCCAGCCUCAUGCCGGCACAGUACCUCCUACCUCGGCGAGCCUCCCCUCUUCGCCCACACAAGCCACGUCUGUGUCCCCGGCCCAGGCUCAGGAAAGCCAGCAGGCCAAUGGCCAUGUGUCUCAGGACCAAGAGGAACCCGUCUACCUGGAGAGCACAGCCAGAGCACCUGCUGAGGAUGAGACCCAGUCUGUCGACUCAGAGGACGGCUUCGUCCCGGGCCGGCGGGCCUCUCUGUCUGACCUCACCGACCUGGAGGACAUUGAAGGUCUGACCGUGCGGCAGCUGAAAGAGAUCCUGGCGCGCAACUUCGUCAACUACAAGGGCUGCUGCGAGAAGUGGGAGCUGAUGGAGAGGGUGACGCGGCUGUACAAGGACCAGAAGGGGCUCCAGCACCUGGUGUGUGGUGCUGAAGACCAAAACGGCGGAGCGGUGCCACCCAGCGUGGAGGAGAACCUGUGCAGGAUCUGCAUGGACUCGCCCAUUGACUGUGUCCUGCUGGAGUGCGGCCACAUGGUCACCUGCACCAAGUGCGGCAAGCGCAUGAAUGAGUGUCCCAUCUGCCGGCAGUACGUGAUCCGAGCCGUGCAUGUCUUCCGAUCCUGAGGGCUGUGCCGGCUUCUUCAGUGCCUUACAGGGACAGAGCUGGAAGGGUCUGGGCUCCAGAUUGGCCAGCUUGCAGAGGGGCAGGCUAACAAGAGAAUCUGCGAGCAAAGAUGCAGUCACCUCUGGGCGUGCCUGUCCUGCCUCGGCGGCGCACCUCUCGGCCUGCGGAGCCCGAGGCUGGUGGGAACUGGUACAAAUCGCGUGGGCAAGUUCCUGUUCCAGUGGUCUUGGGGUAAUGAUGGUAAUUGAUCAAGAGAGGACUUUUCCAGAACUUGGACCAGAUCUUCCUCCCUUCCUCUGUAAACUUAACAGUUCCCCCCUUCCCCCUGCACCCCGGCCAUCCCCGAGCCGCCUGUCUGCAUUCCAACCGUCAGAAAUCCUGGUAGAAAAGGUUCUCUUCCUCCCCAGCACAUUUGGAUUUAUUUCUGGUCUCUCUGGCUUUCUGUGCUUUAAUCAGCUUUGCUAGUCUCUUGCUGCAUUGCCUAAAAUUCAUUUGUUUCUUCAGACCAAAAAGAUGUUAGCUUACCAGACCAAUAGUGAUCCUCCUUAGGACUAAAUUUGGACCAGUAAACUUUCCCUGGUGAGAAGUGAAACACAAAUGCUAUUGAAAAAUUUCAAAGUCAUUUACAGUUGCUUCCUUAAGUGCUGGGAUUGGAAGCAGUGAGUCUCCUGACCGAACCUUGGGAGCCAGCAAAGCAUCUGCAGGGAAGUUUGAGUCGUGUGUGUGAGAUGGCCCGGGGAUCAUCUCUGCUGCUCUUAGGGCCUUGUGUGCCAUCAAUUUUAGUUUAGGGCCUGUGCACCAUCCUUAAUUUUAGUUUACGAGAAAAGGGGAAGUUUUGGGUGGAAGCAGUAGCUUCCUGCUUAACUUUAACUUCUCCAACACAAAGGAAUUGCAAACCACUUUCCCCUGAGAAUGAAGUCCCUCUCUUUCCCAUGGAAGUUUUAAACAGGGUCUCACUGAAGGCAUAAAGACUAAGGCAAGGAGCCUUGCUCUUCUCUAGCUACACUUUUCGUGAAGUUCCUGGAGACCAAAACUGAACAGCUAAGGGGUAUCUGAAGGUCCUGAAUGAGACUGGAUUCAGCCCUGGGGUAGACAGCUGCAAGUCUUAAUUCCCCAGGUUAGUGGGGACUCCCUGCUCCCAUUUCAUUUCUCAGCCUACUGACUUGAGGGCUGGUCUGGAAGAAGCAUUCUCCAGGCCCUUUAGGAAAGACCGUAUGGUAAGUUAGAGGAUAUUCUUGAGCCCUCUUAGGGUGGUUCUACCACUGGAAGAGCCGAAGGGCUUAAGUUUGCUGGAGAAGCUUAGCCAAGAACAGACACAUGCUAUCAGAAAGAACUGUGUGCGCUGCCGUUACCUGUGGGUGAGCUAUGUAACCCCUAAGCACCUGAGGGCCUUGGCAGGCCACCUCCCACACCAUCCCCCCUGCUGUGCAGUUCUCUCAGACUGGAACCAGUCAGGACUUUGGAAAACAGUAGGAAACCUCCAAGGGGACCUGCUUAUUGGUACAGACAUACUUUGGCUUUCCCCCAUUAUCAACCAUUGUUCCCCUUCGGAGGAAUGAAAUUAUUUCAUAAAGUAGUUGUCAGUUGCACCCUGGGCCACUUACCUUGACAUUACACCAAGUCCUGGAUGAUUUGAUUCUGGGACAGCCUUUGUAGAAAUCCGGGGAAUCGAGAGAGAGGUCUGCGAAGAGGACCUCUUUCACCUUUUUGCUGGAUAGUACAUACUACAGUUUACAAUGCCUACCAGUUUAGCGGAGGAUUCAGCUACUUCUCGAUUCCGCUGUGAAACAGGUCUACAUAUAUAUAUGCAACUCAGUUACGGUCUAGUAAUAACUUCAGGGCAGAAGCUGGCUCUCUCCCUACUUAAAGCUUUUCACUGCUGAGGCCUUACCUCUCCCUACCUCCCACAUUCCCUCCUAGACAGAAGUUAAAAAUAAUAUCCUGAAGGUUGUUUAGUAACCUCAGUUAAGAAUUAGAACUGAUAUCAUUUGCUCAGUUUGGAGAAAACUUGCCUUUAAAGUCUCUCGAUCUCUUUUGGUGAAGGUUUCCAUUCAGGAAAAAAGGUGUCUAACAACCCUGAUUUGUUGUUACUCAUCAUUAUUACACCAAAUAAAGGCUGGGAUCCCAUUUCAGUUACUCUCUAACCUAGGUAGAGAACUUUUUAUCUGAGUGCUCUCCCUUGCCCCUCAUGGAUCCUUGGUCUUAAUUAUCAUGCAACAUCUUAAUUCUUCCAAUUACUCUGUAGCUUUGGCUGUGAUCGUUCUGAGAUUUCAUCUGAGACUUGUUUUAAGACUUGGGAGAGCUGACCGGUUCAUAAUGCCUUGGAAUAGCUGGAUCCAAGCUAGUAACAAUUAAGCUGUACAGGAAUCCGUGUAUAUUGUAUAAAUUUGUUGAAAUCUUUCAGAUGUGGCUUAUAUUAAGAUUCUCUCAGACUUCCUUGGGUGUUAAACCCAAAUGUGUAUUUUUUUUUUGUUACAGAGCUCUGCUUUAUAAUUUUGUAAUAAAAUUUCACUACAGA